AUUAGCACAUCAGCUCCUGAUAAGCGUGAUUAUAAUUUUGCUUGUUAAAGGGGCCGAACGCAGUCUCAGUGUUUUAAUUUACUAUUGACUUUAGAGGGUCCAUAAAUCAUGUGACACGCAAACGGCGUGUGAAGCUUUAAAGUGGAGAUGCUUGAAAAUAACGUCUGUCUGCAGCUGAAGCCUGCUGGCGAUGCGCACUGCACGUCUCUCACUCGUUUUUGAGACACGGUGGUGGUUAAUCCACAGCUAUAUAUUUAAUCGCACGGCUCUGUGUAGGUGGCUCAAAGCAGCGUGCUCAAUUCAUUUAUAUAUUUUUUUUACAUUUGUUUUUGACUUCCCAAAUUUAAAAAAUACUGAGAGCUGUUGCAUAGCCCCACAUUUAAACCCAGCGAAUAACCAACUCCCUGACCCACCACUCUCAUUUAACUUUUUUUUUCCCCCCCCACCUCCAUAUAAAGAUUUUACGCGCAGCUCGGAUCUUGUCAUUCACCACCAAACACCACAUUUGUGUCUUUUAAAACGCACCACAGCCCUGCGCUCACGCCACGCAAAACAACAACAACUAAAAAACACACGCUCGCUCCUCUCUCCCUCGUCGUGAUCCUUCUCGCUCCGUAUAUACACCCCCCCUCUCCAAAAAAAAAAUCUUCUCCUAAAAGUAGGCGGUAAUUAUUAGUGGAAAAUGGCGUUGCGCUAUUAAGUCGCCCGAGCGCUACCUGCCAUUGGAGGGGCACCUGGGAUUGAUGAGGCGCGGUGGCCAAUGAGACGGCGAGGAAUGAAUGAACGGGCUCCAGUUAAAGGGGGCGGAAGAAGAGGUAGAGCCAGUCCACGGAGAAACAGGGACCCUCCGCGAUAAACACAGACGAGCCAGAGAAAUAAAUACAUACCCACUCGGAGCAGCGUUUUUUGAGAUGCUCCGACUUACCCUCGCCCUGUGUAACGCAGAGGACACCCAGUAAGAUAAUUAUUUAAUUCUUCGAGUGCAAUUUUUUUUUCUUCUGAACAUUUCAGCCCAACUGUCGCGGUCGAGAGAAGAGGACGCGAGGAAAAAAAAACAACUCUUCGUUACGUUUGGAUUUUCUUUGUUUUGUUUUUUUUUUGAAAGUUAACUAGAAGUAAAAUUCAGCCGAGCUGAUUUUUUUUCUCCCUUCUUUUUCUUUUUCCUCUCCUUCCUCAUGAGCGGAGCAGCGUUUCUGACACACGCCUGAUGAUAUGGUGUUUCCAAAGGCUGGAAGUUGAAUCGACAUUCGAAUUUGGUUCUUUAACUUAUUCGCUGUAAGACACGAGCCCUGCGCUGAUUUAAACAGAAACCGUUUUUUUUUUUUUUUUUUUUUUUCUCCUUCUUCUUCCCCCCCCCCUUCUCCUUCCUGACUGAAACCAUGCUACUGGAUGCUGGUCACCAGUUCCCCGGACUGGGAGUGGGGUCGUUUGCCAGGCAUCACUCGGCGAGCGACAUGCAGGAGAGAGACUUGAGUUUGGCACAGAAUAGCUUUGUAGACUCAGCACACAUGGGUGCGUUUAAGCUGAACCAUGAUCUCUCUCCGGGACAGAGCUCUGCCUUCACCACCCAGGCGCCGGGCUACCCCGCUGCGGCGCUGGGGGCUCACGCUGCCCAUGUCACGUCGUAUGCGAGCUCUCCUUUCAACUCCACCAGGGACUUUCUCUUUCGCAGCCGAGGCUUCGGAGAAUCCUCUCCGGCGAGCGGCCAACAUGCUAUUUUUGGCCCCACGGCGGGAUCCCUCCAUCACUCCCACACAGACACUCAAGGCCACAUUCUGUUCCCCGGGAUCCACGACCAGCACGGGUCCCACGGGUCCCCGAACGUCCUGAACGGCCAGAUGAGGCUCGGACUACCCGGAGAAGUUUUCGGACGCUCCGACCAGUACCACCAGGUUUCCAGCCCGCGGACCGACCCGUACUCGGCGGCGCAGCUGCACAACCAGUACGGCUCCAUGAAUAUGAACAUGGGGAUGAACAUGGCAGCCCACCACCACCCCGGUGCCUUUUUCCGCUACAUGAGGCAGCAGUGCAUCAAGCAGGAGCUCAUCUGCAAGUGGAUCGACCCCGAGCAGCUCAGCAACCCCAAAAAGUGCUGCAACAAAACUUUUAGCACCAUGCACGAGCUGGUCACGCACGUCUCCGUGGAGCACGUCGGCGGACCGGAGCAGACGAACCACGUCUGUUUCUGGGAGGACUGCGGCCGGGAGAGCAAACCGUUCAAGGCGAAAUACAAACUGGUGAACCACAUUCGGGUGCACACCGGGGAGAAGCCUUUCCCCUGCCCGUUCCCCGGCUGCGGAAAGGUCUUCGCACGGUCGGAAAACUUGAAGAUACACAAGAGAACGCACACAGGAGAGAAGCCGUUCCAGUGUGAGUUCGAGGGCUGCGACAGAAGGUUUGCAAACAGCAGCGACCGAAAGAAACACAUGCACGUCCACACGUCGGACAAGCCAUAUCUGUGCAAAAUGUGCGACAAGUCCUACACACAUCCCAGCUCUCUACGGAAACACAUGAAGGUCCACGAAUCGUCUCCACCAGCGUCAGACUCGUCACCAGCAGCCAGCUCUGGUUACGAAUCCUCCACACCUCCAGGCCUGGUGUCUCCCACCACCGAGACCCAAAGCAACACCACCCUGUCCCCAGCCUCAGCUGUGCACAACACCACCAGCCACAGUGGCCUAUCCUCCAAUUUCAGUGAAUGGUAUGUUUAGGACUUAAAAAGAAAACGAAAAUGAAAAAAAAAAAUGAAAUGAAAUGAAGCGACACACACUCAUUUCACAGCACUGGACCAUCCGAGCAGGAGAUUGGGACUCGUGCGCACAAAGAGGCACACACAAAACAUUUGUUUAUUUUCGAUUUGUAUUAUUUUUUUUGGAUUCCGCCAGGGGAAGAUGACGAUUACCAACAGAGGAAAAAUAUGUAUAAUAGUCGAGGUGUAUUUCAUAUUGUAAAUAAUUACUAAAAAAGAAAAAAAAGCCCACUUUCCCAUUGGUUGUGAUAGUUUGUCAGUCUUUGGUGUAUAGAUGUUUCCUUCAAUGGUAGCUAUUUCUCUAACUGGACUUUUAGUGCACAUAUUACGAUGAAAUUGUACUAUACUGUUGAAUAUUGUGAUCCUAAGGCAAAUUGAUUGUACUAUACUAAACAUCUAUAAACUGGAAAGAGUGCCAAAGUUAACAUUUAACUCAAAACAGACCACAAUAUUAUGCUUGUGAAUGUAUAUUUUUUAGUUUGCUGGGCUUAACUUGUGAUGUUUUGUGCUUUGCAAGUUUGAAUUGUGAAAUACUAUCUUGGAAGAUUGUGAGGAUAAAAAAAAAAAAAAAUAAACGUUGUGCCGUUCGAUUUUAUGUACCCACACCCCUUCCUUUUGUAAAUAUCAACUGCCAUAUUUAUCCAUUUGUAAUUAAAUUAUGGUAUUUACUUGCUACAGAUGAAACAGUAUUUAUAAAGAAUGUUUCUUUACUAUAAAUAUGUACAAUUACGAGCUAAACAUGGGGCAGUUGUUUCGUUAAUGUGCUUUUGUUCAAAGUUUUAAGAGGUGUUUUCUUCCUUAUUGUGAUAAGAAUUUUACUGCAUACAAAUAUAAUAAAAGGUGUUGCAAGUGA